AUGGGGCCGGUGCAUGGCGAACAGAACGGUUCAUCAAGCCAUUUCUUGCCUCAACCCCCUAAACUAAAUAGGAAGAGGGUGGCCGUUUUGCCAUCGCUAGAGCCUUUUCCCAGUGCGCGGAGACCUAACGAGGAGGGGCAGGAAGAAGAUAAGAAAACGCGAAGCGUUCUAUUGGUUUCCCAACUUGUUGCUUUUAAAGGCUGCCCUCUCUCGGCUGGAUGUUGGUCCAGCCUACUACGAGGAUCCUGCCUUUCCUUCACGAGCUUACUUAGUGCUUGUGCUAAGGAGCAAGAAAAUGGAUGCGCUAAGGUUGACGCUCGACCCAAACAAGCAACGGCGUUCGAGCCCCUAUCAGAGAAAGCCUUGGUAAAGCGCGCUAGCGCGCUUGACUUGGAGGUUCACGCAUCCUCUUGCUGGGAGAGGGGCUAA